UCAUGCCGACGCCCGAGUUCCCCUCGACUGCGACUGUUCCAUAGCAACAUCUAGGAGCCAGGACCGCCAUCGAACCACCACCUAGGUAUCUACCGACCUGACCUACGAAUCAAAUAUCAUCGCCGCCGCCAACGUCGCCGUCACCACCAACACCGCCGCCUCCGACGGUAGUGCGAAGCCCGAGAAGGGAAGGGCAGGGAGGAAAGGAUUGGCAAGACGAGGGAAGAAAAGGCAAGAUGGCUCCCUCCAAGUCGACGCGCAUCAUCAUCCUGCUGGUGAUUGAUUCGCUCUUCUUCCUGCUCGAGCUUGUCACUGGAUAUGCCGUUCACUCGCUGGCCCUGGUGGCCGAUUCCUUUCACAUGCUGAACGAUGUGCUGUCUCUAUGUGUGGGACUGUGGGCUGUCAAGGCGGCGAACCGAACCGCGACACCCAAGAUGUACACAUAUGGCUACCAACGUGCCGAGACCCUGGGAGCACUCGUUAACGGUGUCUUCUUGGUGGCACUCUGCGUGACCAUUUUCCUGGAUGCGAUCCAGCGAUUCGUAGAGCCACAACAGGUGUCCAACCCGGUGCUGGUCCUGAUCGUGGGUUGUCUCGGUCUGGCGUCAAAUAUCGUGGGACUUGCGCUGUUUCACGAUCAUGGACACAGUCAUGGUGGAGGUGGACACAGCCACGGACCAACGCACGUUGAGAACAGCGUAAAAGAUGCGGAAGAGGGACAUGCGGGACACAGUCACGACUCUCACACGGGACAUGCGCACGAUGGCCAUGACACUAGCAGUGAGGCCACUGCCAUCGCUGAUGACACAUCCAAGAAAAGCCCAAAGAAGGCCAGAAGACAUAGCAGGUCAGCUUCACGAGGCUUCAUCGAAGACUUCUCUGGACCCAGCCAGUUCCGAAACUCCAUCAUUGCUAUGGGACAAGGCCGCAUGGAGACUGUAGACUCGGAAGAGAACAGCGAGACUGAAGAAGAGAUAACACCAGAGCCAAUCUUGGGCGAGAACGAGCCGUUGGUCGUCGGCACUGCACAGAUAGUCAGCUACGGUAGCAACGCAGCUCAGCGCAAGUCAUUCGACCACAAGGAUCACAAGCAUGCACAACCCAAGGAAGCUGGCAAAGGCGGCGGCGGCGGCCACUCUCACGGCGACCUCAACAUGAAAGGCAUCUUCCUCCACGUCAUGGGUGAUGCUCUCGGCAACGUUGGCGUUAUCGCCACGGCACUCAUCAUCUGGCUCUGCGAGUUUCCCGGGCGUUUCUACUUCGAUCCCGCCAUUUCCCUUGUCAUUACAUGCAUCAUCUUAGCAUCUGCAAUUCCGCUAUGCAAGGCUGCAUCUCGCAUUCUGCUCCAGGCUGUCCCACAGGGCAUAGAAGUCGACGAUAUCAAAGAUGAUAUCGAGGACCUGGAGGGUAUCGACAGCUGCCAUCAUCUUCACGUCUGGCAACUCAGCGAUACCAAGCUCGUUGCCUCAUUACACGUUCGCGUCACUUUCAAUUUCAAGGGUGAAGGAUCACAGCGAUACAUGGAACUCGCAUCUGCGAUUCGAAAGUGCUUGCACGAGUAUGGCAUCCACUCGUCGACGAUUCAGCCAGAAUUCCACUCGGGGUCUGAAGACGGCUCGCAACACGGAAACGGCCACAGCUCCUCUCAGGCAGGCUCACUCCGCGGUGACACAAGCUGCUUAUUGGAGUGCGACGAUGACUGCGGUGGUGGUAAGAGCUGUUGCCCUCCAAGCGGUAAAAUGGAUUCCAAUGCUGGAGAUGGCCACGACCACAGUGCACAUGGUCACUCCCACUAGACGCAUACAUACACAAACACGUUUCCUUUUCUGUUGAUUCGAGAUACUCAUGGCAAUGUGCUGCAAAGCAUAGGCGGGCCUAAAUGGUGGAGAAAGACCAGCGCAGGCAGGCGGGCAGGCAGGCGGUCUCUUGUUCAUUUGAAUCGACGCACGGUGUUCGGCGUACAGUACGGGCGUUUUCAGCUCGGAAUAUAGGGGGGUGUGUGUGAGGGAGAGAAAGAGAGAGGGCAACACAUCCUGGGGGAGCAAUCCACAAGCCAUGUCGGGAGACUUGUGAGACGAGAUGAUACCUUAUGUGCGGACCGGUGGGCUACAUGUACAUGUGGUACUGAGUAAGGUAUCUGUACGAUACGGCCGAGCGACGGGAUGUUGGUAGAAGUGAUCCUGUAUUGUAAUGUUGAAACCUUCAGGCACUUUUCUUGUCCAAAU